AUGGAGAUAAUCAAUCCUCUUUGUCUUCUUACAAUGUAUUGCCCAUCUCUGUGCCUUGCUCCAACGUCCAUGCAUUCUUACAUUAAUCCCAAAUGUUCUGUGCCCAUCGCUCUUUGUCUUCCACCCAUGGAAAAUAAUCAGCCCUAUGAAUGUUCUGAAAAUAACGAGUGUGUGCAUUCUUCGUGGGUUCCAAACUAUGAUGUAUUUCUUAACCAUCGUGGUAAAGAUGUGAAGGAAACCGUAGCAAGCCUGAUAUUUCAUAAUCUUAAAAAUAAGGGAUUGAAGGUCUUCCUUGACAAGAAUUCAAUCCAAGUUGGAAGCAAUAUACCUCAGGUAAUAGGGGACGCUAUUUAUUCCGCAUCUAUACAUGUUGUCAUUAUUUCUGCUAAUUAUGCAGAGUCAAGUUGGUGUUUGAAAGAGCUGACCCUGAUCUUCAAGACUGGGGCUCCCAUUAUACCAGUAUUUUGUGGAGUUGAGCCUUCGGAGCUUCGAAUGAAAGAUAAAGAUGGUGUGUAUGCUCGAGCCUUCCAAAAGCAUAAGCAGUCUGGGAAUUUUGAGCCCCAUGCAGUUGAGGAAUGGAGGAAGGCAUUUCGUGAGGUUUCAUAUAUUAAGGGCUAUAUUUUUACAGGAGACCAAGGAGAGCUGCUGGAGAAAAUCGCAACGAGUGUUGCAGAGCUUAUUGGGAGAGGGAAAUCUCAGCCAAAGCAGAAAAACAAAGAAACUUGUGACAAUAGUCAUAUAAUUUGA